GGAAUGAUUUAAGACACAUCUGUUUGUUCCCCUCUCCCACUUCCAUCCUCGGCUGAGUGGAUGCACAAAACAACUGCGAGCGCCCUGCAGACAUGGACCCCCGGGUGUACCUGGUGCUGAUCUUCAUGCUGGUGCUCGGUGCUCCAGCCAAAGAGCCUCCGAAGAGGACGAGGCGAGAGUGGAUCAUUCCUCCCACCAAGCUGUUAGAGAACGUGGACUACACAGGCCGGGAAUUCAUUGCAAAGAUCCGCUCUGACAAAGACAGAUAUUCCAAUGUGGAGUACUUCCUGUCUGGGGCAGGAGCAGACCGGCCCCCAUACAACAUCUUUGUGGUGGAUCCUAAAAGCGGCUUUGUGCGUGUCACUGGUAUUUUGGACCGGGAGCAAUACCCAUCCUUCAAUCUAACAGGAAGUGCUAGAUAUGCCGACGGGACCAAUGCGGAAGUAGCAAUCCCCCUGACCGUCACUGUUCUGGAUCAGAAUGACCAGACUCCUUAUUUUGAGCUGCAUUCUGGCAACGUCACAGAGGCCAGCAAAGAAGGAACCUUUGUUAUGCAGAUCAUAGGCAAGGAUGACGACCAAGCAGGGACAAUUAAUUCAGAGAUAGCGUACAGUAUCAUCAGUCAAGUGCCAGAAGGUCCAGCUCCCAUGUUCACUAUAGACAAGAAGACCGGGAAACUGUAUGUCCAAAAUCCCAUACUGGACCGAGAGACAAAUGACUUCUACAAACUGGUUAUAGAGGGAGCAGACUUGGGAGGGGCUCCAGGGGGCUUUGUGGGUACAGGAACUGUGGAGAUCAGGGUCUUGGACAUCAAUGACAACAUCCCCACUUUGGAGAAGGCUGAGUAUGCUGGAUCAGUGGAUGAAAAUGUUGCCGACAUCGUAGUGAUGAAGAUCAAAUCUCUGGACAAAGACCUGGAGCACACAGACAACUGGCUGACUGUCUUCAACAUCGCGACAGGGAAUGAAGACAAUCUCUUUAGCAUUGAAACAGACAAAGACACCAACGAGGGCAUCCUGAAGCUGAUUAAGGCUGUGGACUUUGAAGAAGUCCAGAAUCUGGAAUUGGGUCUACUCAUUGAGAACGUCGCUCCGUUUGUGGAGGGUGGUGCCGUACUGAUGGAUGUGGAUCUUCAGGUUGGAGAAGGCGAUACUUCUACAGCUGGUCCUGGAGCUCCAGUGGGUCCUGGUGUGGGUGCAGGAUCCGGGGUGGCAGUUGGAGUAGACGUAGGGGUGAGUGCAGGAACUGGUGCAGGUGUAGGUGCUGGUGUGGACGCCGAUGUGGACGCCAGUGUGGAAGCAGGUGGGAAUGUGCACCCUGAUGCCGGUGUGAAAGGCAACGGGGGACCCGGCUUGGAUGUGGGAAUAGGAGUCAGCGCUGGGGGGGUGCCAGACGUCCAAACAGGACCAAAGCCAAAGGCGCCCACCAAAACCUACCCCAUCAAGAUUGCAGUGAAUAACAUGCCGGAGGAUCCAGCAUUUCUACCUGAAACCAAGAACGUUCCUGUGUCCGAGAACCCAGAGGAAGCACCGGAAGAUGGUGUGCUCACUGUGUUUGCAGCUACAGAUCCAGACACUGGAAAACCAGCAGAGGAUGUCAGCUACGCCAAAGCUUACGAUCCAGACAACUGGUUUACUGUCGAUGAAGAGACGGCGGAAAUCAAACUCAACAAGGCACCAGACAGAGAAUCGCCCUUCGUAGUGAAUGGCACCUACAUUGCAAAGAUUCUAGCCAUAAGCAAAGACAAGCCACCAAAGACCGCCACAGGGACGCUGGCCAUUCAAGUGUCCGACUCUAACGACCACUGCCCCACCCUGACCACCACCCACACCAGCGUGUGCUCGGAUGAAAAAAUGGUUCAUGUCACCGCCUUUGAUGAGGACGCCAGCCCCAACGCUGCUCCAUUCACCUUCCGAAUCAUACCAGACGGGACGCGUGGCAGAUGGGAUGUGGAAGUCAUUAAUGAGACGAGCGCCACCCUUUAUUCCCAUGAAUCCUUAUGGCCGGGACCAUACGCGAUCCACAUGGAAGUGAUGGACGCCCGGGGUCUGUCCUGCCCUGAGAACCAGAUCUUCACCGUGGAAGUUUGCACCUGCAUGGACAACAAACACUGCAGUGUGCGAGCAGAAAGACUCGGACAUCCAUCAGCGGAACUCUCCGCCUCCGCCAUUGGACUGGUCUUGCUGGCGUUGUGCUUACUGCUGCUGGUUCCUCUGCUGCUGCUGUUCUGUCAGUGUGGAGGAACAGGCACCACUUUUCCUGACCAGUUUAAUGACCUGCCAUUUGACACCAAGGAACACCUCAUAUUGUACCAUACGGAGGGCAAAGGAGAGGACAAGGAAGUGCCACUUCAGAGCGUCCCCAUCAUGUUAGGCAGCCAGACGCUGGUGAAGAGAAAAGCAUCAGACUUUGACCGCCGAGCGACAUCAAUUUACAAUGAAUCCAUGUACAAAAGGAUGGUAGAAGUGGACAAGGGUAUGUUGCUCCUCGGCGCGGGUUCUGGCAUGUUCAGCAGGCAAAGCACACGUGUAGCCUUUGAUGAUUUGGCGCUACCUGAUGCUGUCCUGGAGGAGUACUACUCUCAGAAAGCAGGCUAUGUCGUUCCAGUCAAAGACAGUCAGCUGGUGUUUCACAAGGAAGGACCACCAUCUUCUGCUGGUUCAGUGGGCUGCUGCAGCCUCUUGGAGUCUGAAAACGACUUGAAUUUCCUUAACGAUCUGGGACCCAAGUUCAAGACUCUGGCUGAGAUCUGCUCCUCUCCUCCGCCAUCACCCAAACUCUCUUGGAAAGUAUCAGAAUCUGUCACCUCUGAGGGUGCGGCACCAGCUGUUCAGGUUGAGCAACAUGUUGGGUCAAGCACAGAGAAGGAGAUGUCCUCUACUGAUAAGUCCUCUGUCAGGUCCAGAAGCAGUGAGCAUUCCUCAGGUAGAAGUGUGUCCUCUGCGCCCCGUCAUGAGCAGAUGGUGGUUUUAAAACAGCAGCAGCCACUUUACUAUACCACCAGCACCAUGCUUCAGCCGAUUAACUAUGUGCUGCAGCCUCAGGCACAGAGUACACUUCUGCUGGCAGAUGGCGUUCAAGGAGCUGGUUUGCAGGGCCUGUAUGUUGUCAAUGGACCCCCAAGUGCUACCUCUGGACUUGUGGUUGAGCUCCAAAGUCCUCCCUCUGGGCUUGUAGUGGAAGGAUCUAAAAAAAAUCCCUCUGGACUUGUUGUCAAAGGUCUCCAAAGCUCUCCCACUGAGCUUGUAGUCAGUAGACCUCAAGGCUGUUCUUCUUCAAUUGUCCUUCAAAACAACCCCAAAUGCUCCACCAUCCCCACACUGUUACUCUCUGGACAUCCUGAUGUGGGAAAUGUCUCAGUCUCUGUGGAGGGCUGGAGAGUAAAAGGUCCAAAUGGUCCUGGUGUGUCAGUGAAGAAGAAGAGUGGUCAAGGUAAGCUAGGGGGAGUGGAGCCAGGUUCACCAAGAAGUUCUGUCGUGGUCAAAAAGGCCUCUCCUGUUAAGAAGGUGUCAUGUCCAGCAGACUAAGGGAGUAAGGUUCCAGUGAACGGUCAAAGUUUGGGUUAAAGUUUCACUAUCUGUGGAAUCGUGUUGGGCAGCAACGAUUGGGAUUAGGGGAUGUAUUAACAGUUGAAGAAGAAGAAGCAGAUCAUUGUGAAGCAGUUUCACACUAUUUCUGCACUUGAGCAUCCAAAUAUUAAUUGGAUUCAGACUCAACACUGCUGAAACCACAAAGAUUUUUCAAAAUAAAGUGAUCUCUGGGUUGAUGAGAGGCAACAGUUGGCUGAAAGUCAUGAAGAUCACGUGGAAGCAAAACAACCAGAAGAUCAAAAAAGAGAGCACAUGGCGGUGACAGUAAUCUCAGUGACUUCAUCGGAGAAGGUUACAUCAGUUCCAUCUUAUCCGGGUCCAGUCUAGGGUAAGUUGGCAUACCCAGACUUCCUUGUCUCCAACCACCUCCACUGGGUGUUGCUGUUCGGUUGUAGAAGUGUUCCGAGGCCAGCUGCUAGACAGACAGUCCCUCGAGCGUGCUCCUGUUAGAACAGGCCUGGAAUACCUCAUCAAGAUGGUAAACUCAACCCAAUAAAAAUCAUAGAAGCCCCCAGUAGCAAUUUGCUCUGUGCAUAACAUGGCUUUAGGAUCAGAAAAGGCUCCUCUUCAAGCCUUUUUAUGGAAUCCUUAUUUUGCUUAUCUUGAAUGUCAGUGAUUGUUGUGUAGGACAAAGAAGGCACUUCCCUUAGGAUGCAGCAUUGUUGCAGUUCACAUAGAGGUAAAGUGCAUCAGGUUUGUUCUUGUUUGACAAGUUUACAAUGAAGCGUUACAUUAUUUCAAACGUAUUGUUCCCAUAGUUUCUGAAUCGGUUUUUGGCCCGAAGAGGUGAAAUAAAAUGACAUUGGAAGCGACAGCUGGAGCACCAAGACAAAAAUAAGCCACUGAUUUAAAGUCUCUGUUGAAGACAUCAUGACAAGACUUUGCUUUAUUUUGUUUUUUUUUUUUUAGCAUUUAUGACAUCUGUUUUUAAACCAGUUAUGAUGUCAUGAGAUGUUUGUUACCUUAACUGCCUGAUGUCACAUAUGUUGUGUAUCUGUGUUUUAUGCACCUACAUCG